CUCUCUUUAGUUGUUUCUUGUUUUUUCUCUUUUCUUUACAAAAAGUAAAUUUAUAAAUCCCCAAGGGCUCCGGUCUGAAACAUACACCUUUCAAAAUGCUCCAGUCUUUGUGCUAAAUCUCCCUCCCUCUCAGGAGAAUUAGUUUGGCAGUCUAGUUGUCUGACCCGCUACACGUUCUAUUAUGCCAAGGGUCUCGGUGAAAAGAACUGUUUCUAUUCUUGGAUCGUUUGCGGUUCGUGAGUCUACAAAUCAUGCUCAUCGUUAUUUGAAGUUGUUCCAUUUCACUAGCAAUGCCCUUACCAGUCAAGAAAAGUACAAUGAUUCAUCUGGGAAUAUCUACAUUGCUAUUGCAAAAGUUCAAAAAGGAGGAACCGAUGAUGAGAUUUUUCAGUCUCUCAUGUAUGACCAAACUUGUAGCACGAUACCUGUGUCUCACAAUCUUGUUUCUCAGUUGCUGUAUCGAUUUAAAGAUGAUUGGAAAUCUGCAUUGGGCGUUUUCAAAUGGGCAGAAUCACGGCCUGAGUAUACACCGUUACCAGAGUCAUAUGACAUGAUGUUGGACAUAUUGGGGAAAAUGAAACAGAUGGAAAAGAUGAUGUCACUACUUGAGCAAAUGAAUCUGCAUCAGCGUGUGACAAUUGGUAGUAUAGCCAAGGUUAUGAGACGGCUUUGUGGGACGGGGAAAUGGGAAGAUGCUGUAAUGAUAUUUGAUGAUUUGCACAAGUUCGGGUUGGAGAAAAAUACUGAAUCCAUGAAUGUUUUACUUGACACUCUCUGCAAAGAAAAUAAAGUCGAGCAGGCCCGUAAGAUUUUCUUGGAGCUAAAGUCACACAUCCAGCCUACUGCUCAUACUUUUAACAUAUUUAUACACGGUUGGUGUAAGGUUAAUCGGGUAGAUGAAGCUCUUUGGACUAUCCAAGAGAUGAAAGGAUAUGGGUGUAAGCCGUCUGUUAUAACCUAUUCCACCAUAAUCGAAUCAUAUUGUCGCCAUUCCAAUUUUAGUAAAGUUUAUGAGUUGCUAGACGAGAUGCAAACUGAAGGUUGUCCUGCUAAUGUUGUAACUUUCACCACCAUCAUGAGUUAUUUGAGCAAAUAUAAAGUUUUCGAUGAAGCAUUACAAAUACCCGAGAGAAUGAAAACUGUCGGAUGUAAACCAGAUACACUUUUUUACAACGCACUUAUUAAUACUCUCUCAAGGGCUGGUCGAGUUCAAGAGGCUAUUGAUGUAUUUGAGGUUGAAAUGCCGAGUUUUGGUGUUGUACCCAGUACGUCUACCUACAAUUCAAUCAUUUCAAUGUUUUGCCAUCACUGUCGGGACCAGGAAGCUUUCAAUGUUCUAAAGAGUAUGGAAAGUUCACAACUUUGUAGACCUGAUAUCCAGUCAUUUAGUCCAUUACUUAAGCGCUGCUUUAAAACAGGAAAGACGGAUGUUUUAUUGGGUCAUUUGUUGGAUGAAAUGAUUAAUAAGCAUCAUCUCAGCCUUGAUUUGGGUGCAUACACUCUUUUGAUCCACGGGUUAUGUAAAGCGAAUAAGAGUUACUGGGCAUACCAAAUUUUUCAAGAGAUGAUAGCUAAAGAUAUCACACCAAGAUAUAAUACAUGUUCGUUACUUCUGGAUGAAAUCAAGCAGCAUAAUAACUAUGAGGCUGCUGAUCACAUUGAAGGUUAUAUGAAGCGAAUGAAAUCAUCUUGAGGGCUAAACAUUCACAUUUCAGAUCAAUGUUACAGGCACCAGGUUUUUGAUGCAAUACAAGCUGGAGUUGCUUUGAAUGAAGUGUGAAUCUUAUUGGUAUGUUUUUAAUUAUUAGACUAGAGUUAUUGAAGCCAACCACCAUGUGUUUUUUCAUGUAAGAUUAUAUAAACUAAUAGAAGUUUAUUCUCCUGAUCCAA